AUGCAGUGUAUAUAUAUAUAUUUAUAUAUAUUCCUGCUCGCUUUCAUGUCGGCCCUGUGUCUCUACACGGCCCACAUACUCCUCAGGGUCAACGUGCAUCAUGGCGGCGCGCGCUGCGAGGUGCCGGCGCUGUGCCACGCGCUGCUGGGCGGCGGCGCGGCGGGCGCGGCGCACGCCUUCAGCGUGCUCGUGCUGCUCGGCGCCAACGUCGUCUACUGGCUGCUCAUCACCAACUUCCUGUACCAUACCGUCAACUACUUCAUGGACGUGGAAACGGUAAACUCGACAGUUUACAACACAAGCCUCCUAUGUCUCCUCUGAUCACCUUCGAAUCAACCAAUGGUGGAGCCGUCACCGUACUGGGGUCUGCACACCACGGUUCCCUUUUACGUGGCAAUCAUCGUCUUCCCGUUGCUUUGUUUUAGAAAUGUUUCAUUUUUCACCAAAUUUAACUCUUUAGGAACUCUAUCAGUGUUCUACUUGCUGCUAUUUGUAAUAGUGAAGGGUUGGACUUGGGAAAUUAACAUGGGGGACCUGAUGGUGACUCAGGGGAGAGGAAGCAGUGACGCGGCCGUGCUCAGUGGGAUGCUCGGCCUUUCUUUCUAUAUACAUAACAUUAUAAUCACGAUUAUGGGCAAUAAUGCGAGACAAGAUAAAAACGGUCGCGACCUAACAAUAGCUUUCCUGCUGGUAACCAUAACUUACAUGCUUGUCGGAGCCAUAUUUUAUAUAUGCUUUCCGCUCUCCCAGUCUUGCAUCGAAGAUAAUAUUCUAAACAAUUUCGAAAUGCAUGACGUGAUGACAGAAAUUGCGCGAGCGUUACUUCUUUUUCAGGUGGUGACGGUGUACCCACUGGUGGUGUUCAUGCUGCGCGCAAAGGCGGCGCAGCUGUGCCGCGCGCCAGCGCCGGCCGUCAACGUGGGCGUGGUGGCGCUCUGCAUACUCGUGGCCUGCCUCUGUCCCGACAUCGGCACCAUCAUCAGAUAUACGGGCGCGGUGAGCGGGUUGGUGCAUGUGUUCGCGUUGCCAGCCUUGCUGCAAAUGCAGUCUCUACGACUACGAAGGAAGUUGACUUGCUGGAAAGCAAUAUUUUAUUCCCUUAUUAUAGCCUUCGGGACUGUUAAUCUUGUAAUGCAGUUUUUUAUUGCGUAA